AUGAAUUUUAGAGAUGAUGGUACAACAUCAUUUCAAAUUAUGCAAGGAAAUCAAGUUGUUUAUUUGGACAAUGGAUAUUGUCAAGUUGGACAAUUAUUUGAUCCAACAACAGGUCAAUGUCGUGAUAUGUAUUGUCAAGAACCUAAUCAUACAUAUAAUGGUACUGCAUGUAUACCAGAUGAUAGUAGAAAAACUCCAAAUGUACAUAAACCUAUGAGUGAUAUUGAUCUAUCAUUGAUAUUGAAUAUUUCACCAAGUGAUCAUUAUCAAAGAGGGAAUUAUUCUAAACGUCUUAACGGUCGUAUGCAUGAACUUUGUACUACUAACUGGAAUCAAAUACUUCAUCAUACAUUACAUAACUAUCUUGGUAUUGAUUAUGAACGUAUUACUAAAACGCGUUAUCAUGUAAAUCAAGAUAAUAAUCAUUUAAUUAGUAAUUUAAUGAAAAAUUCUACUGUCCAUAAUGAAAGUACAUCAGGAAUUCUUCCACAUAAUUCAUCACAUACUAUUAUUAGAAAUGCACUUUUAAAUAAUCAAUCUGUGACAAUAAAAUUUUAUUUUACAAUAAAUGAUCGAUUUCAAGAUUCAAAUGAUACAUUAACAAGUUUACAUGUUGUUACUCUUCUUUUACUUGCAUCUGAAUUUCAUGUUGUACUUGAUUUAUGUAAUAAUUAUUCAAUGAAAGUUGAAACAUUAUCAAUUAUUUCUGAUAGAAAUAAAACUCAACAUGAAUUUUGUAGUGAUUCAGAUGUAAUGUAUCAAUCAAGAAAUGGUAUUAUAAAACGACGUGUACGUGCAGAUGGUGAAAUUGAUUAUGUUGUUGAGAUACCUGAACUUGAAACAACAUAUGAAAGUGGUGAUUAUGUUUAUCUAUUCCUAAUUUCAACAUUAACACAAUCACAAACAUCUACAGGACAAACGCCACAAAUUACUGAUAAUUCUUCAUCAUCAAAUCCAACUUCAACAAAUAAACUAGUAUCUGUAUGUAAUCGUCAACCGCGAAUAGUUGGUCGUUGUCCUGAUAGUCUUGUUAUGCGUAUUGCACUUUGUGAAGUAAUUCAAUAUAAAAAUUUUUCAAUGCGAAUUAAACGUACUGGUCGUUUAUAUACAAAUCGUGAAUAUCGUUAUGAUGAUUAUCGACCAGAUUUAUAUGUUGUUGUAUGUAAACAUGAUACUUAUAAUCAAACAAAUAGUGGAAAAACACCUGGUUUUGUUGAAAAAGCUCCUGGAAUUCUUUCAACAAUAGCAACAUUUCUUUCUAUAUGUGCAUUAGCUAUAACUUUAAUUACCUUUGUAUUAUUUUCUUCAUUACGUAAUUUACCUGGAUGUAAUACAAUGAAUUUAAUUAUUGCUUUAAUGAUAGGUGAAGCUUUAUUUUUAAGUCAAAGUUUAAUAACAAUGACAAGAUCAAGUGUUUGUUUAAUAUUUGCAUUAGGUAUACAUUUUUUCUAUUUGGCUAGUUUCUUUUGGAUGAAUGUUAUGGCAUUUGAUCUUUGGAAAACAUUUCAUAAAGGUUUUUCACUUUACAUUCGUGAUAUUCAUGAACGCUUACCAUUUUAUGCUUUAUAUGCAUGGGGUAUGCCUGGUAUUAUUGUUUUAAUUGGAAUUAUAUUAGAUGCAAAAAAUGCUUCAUUAAAACCAUGUUAUGGAAGAUUUUUUCGUGGAUGUUACGAUGUAUGUUUUCGAACUAAAAACGAUACGCCAUUACAAGGAUGUUGGAUUGAAUCAGCUCUAAUGCGAUUAAUAUUAUUCGGAUGUCCGGUGGCAAUUAUUCUUAUUAUAAAUUUUAUUUUUUAUACCUUAACUGUUCGAAGCAUUCGACAAGCUUUAAAAAAUGUACGUGUUCAUGUUGAACAUAAAUUUCAACGUAAAAAUCAAGUUGUACCCGGUGAAUAUGAUGUUAAAAUUUAUAUGCGUAUGGCUGUAUUAGCUGGUUUCGGUUGGACAAUUGGUUUUAUUUUGAUUAUUUUACCUGAUGGUCAAGAAAAUUAUAAACGUUAUCUUGCUGCAACAUUUAAAUAUUUAUUUAUUCUUCUUAAUGCAACGCCUGGUUUAUUUAUAUUCGUUGUUUAUGUAUGUAAUCGUCGUGUAUUAUCUCUAUACGGUCAAUUAUUAAGACAAAUUUAUGAAUUUUUUCAAUUAAAUUCUAAACGAUUCAAAGAAUAUAUAUUCAAUCAUAGUCAAAAUUAUUUAAAUAAAACCAAAAAUACAUUAGAAAUAUUCAAUAAAAAUGAAUAUAAAGUAACACAAGAAGAUAUACCAAUAAAUAAAUUAACAAUAAUAUCGAAAAAUAAAUCCGAUGAUGUUAUUUAUAAAGCAACAUUUACACGUAAACUAUCAGAACAACAUAAUCCAACAUCAUCAUGA